AUGCUUGUAUACGUGGAUGGCAUCAUCAUUACGGGAGAGUCAACUGAAGAAGUUGAGAAAGUCGUGCAGCAGCUGAGUGACAAAUUUUUGCUAAAAGAUCUCGGAGAGCUUCAUUACUUCUUAGGAAUAGAAAUAAAAAAACCCGACGACCACUCCUAUGAUCGUGUCCACCAAGCUGUCACAAGAUGCAAGAGAACUUCUAGAAGACAAGUUUCUGAGCAUGUAGGUGCGUUGUUGUAUAUCUGUCAUACGAGGUCAGAUAUUGUUUUUAGUGUGGAUAAGGUGGCACAAUUCAUGCAUGCGCUACGUGAGUUGCAUAUUCUCGCUGUAAAACGAAUCCUUCACUAUUUAGGAGGUACACUCUAUUACGGUCUAGAGUUUUCACCAGCAGCGUCUGGACCAAAGUCUAUAUCAACCUUUGCAGAUGCUGAUUGGGGAGGAAGUGUGGAUGACCGAAGAUCCAUAUCAGGGAACUAUGUGCGUAUAGGUAAUAACGUGGUGUCAUUGGAGUUCAAAUAA